CAUCAGAGCGCAAUCUACCGCAAAUAUUUCAGAGACCGGCCCUCCAUCACCGCAAUCGGAGCCUACGAUAUCAUUCUCCAUGGAAACAAGAAUAACGUUCUGUUCCGCUGUGAUAACCCUGACGGAAACUGUGCUCUUGAAGGGUGGGGUUGGCCACGGGCGCGGGGGAAAUGCGUCCGAUGAAACUGUCAUCUGUGAACUCAGCUACCAAACUCGUCGAUCGCUAAGCACGAUGUGUGCACUUACUUGGCUAUACGGUGUCCGAAUUCGAGACGUCCACCUUCUGGGCCGGUGAUCUGCUCCACCGUCUGUAUCAUAUAUGCCUGCCAUGGGGCAGGGAUUCGUGGAACAUUUCGCGGACGGGUACGAGGCAGUCCUGGAGCUUGCUGGGAGUAACAAAUCGGGUUUCAACGAGAGACUCGGAGAACGCUCCAGGAUUUUGCUCUGGAGAGUUACGCGUACGAUGUGGCUGUUCCUGGGGUUGGGUGUGUGGGUGAUGACCACCACCACCAGCCUUUGGAGCAGGAGUCUGGUGAAGCCCAUAGCCAUGGCCAUGACCAUGACGAUGAGAACGACGAGGAAGACGAUCUACCCCAGGCAAGUCAAUUCUUUUCUGUAUUGUACUGUUGGCCAGGCCUUACUGACCACGGUUAGAACUGCCAUACGGCAUGAUGGAGGCGAGAUUCAUUGCACUUAAUCAGGAGAACAGGUUCGAUUUCAGUGGAUUGUCCGUACAUCUGCCUCGGGACUAUAAUCGGAGCUUGGAGACAAC